GCCGUUUAGGUCAUCCUCUUUUCCCCGCGCCACCAUCAGCUGUUCACUGUAAUCCCUCCUCCGACCUCCUUCUCCGCCACCGCCGCCGUAUCAGCUCGCAUACCCUCACGACGGUCGCUGAAUCCACCGCCGCUUGCCGCCUGCUGUCUGAUUGAAUUUCAUUGGACCAUGGAGAUACAGGAUAUUUCGGAUGACAUUGAUGUCAAAGUAAAAAAGUACCAGAGAGGUGAAGGUGCUGAUUUGGAGGCAUUGAAAGACAAAAAGUUGAAAGGCCAGCUUGCUAAUAGAGAAGAAUUAUAUAAAAAGUCUGCUAAUGCUGCUGCUAAAGCUGAGAAGUGGCUUAUGCAAACUGAGGCUGGCCGUCUAGAAUCUGAAGGCUUUGAAAAGACGUGGAGAUUCAGUCAACAGUCAAUUGCACAGGAAGUGGAUGUUUCUAGUAGAAAGAAUCAAUUUGAUCUUGUCUUACCAGAUCUUGGUCCUUACACUAUUGAUUACACCUCAAGUGGCCGAUAUAUGGUGACGGCAGGACGCAAAGGGCAUCUGGCGAUUAUGGACUUGCAUACUAUGAAACCUGUUAAAGACUUUCAGGUUAGAGAAACUGUGCGCGAUGUGGUGUUUUUGCACAAUGAAACGUUUUUUGCGGCUGCGCAAAAGAAGUACACAUAUAUAUACAACAACGCUGGCACAGAACUUCACUGUCUGAAGGAACAUGGAGCUGUGUUGAAGCUUCAGUUUCUCAAGAACCACUUCCUUUUGUCAUCCAUAAACAAAUUCGGCCAUCUUCAUUAUCAAGAUAUCACUACUGGCCAGAUGGUAGGAAAUUACCGUUCUGGCCUUGGCCGUUCAGAUGUUUUGCAAGUGAACCCAUAUAACAGUGUCGUCGCCUCAGGCCAUUCUGGUGGUACAAUCAGCAUGUGGAAGCCCACUAGCGCUGCGCCACUUGUCAAGAUGCUGUGUCACCAUGGGCCCGUCACAGCCAUCGCUUUCCACCCGAACGGCCAUCUCAUGGCCACGGCUGGCAUGGACAAGAAACUCAAGAUUUGGGAUUUAAGGAAAUACGAGGUUUUACAAACACUCCCCGGCCAUGCCAAAUCAUUAGAUUUCAGCCAAAAAGGUCUACUUGCAUCCUCGACAGGAUCAUUCGUCCAAAUCUUGGCAAACUCCUCGGAUUCCCAGAAUUAUGAUCGAUACAUGAUCCACACGAUGGUAAAAGGUUACCAGAUUCAGAAAUGUUUGUUUCGACCGUAUGAAGAUGUUCUGGGAAUCGGACACUCGAUGGGUUUGUCGUCCAUUCUCGUUCCUGGAUCCGGGGAGCCCAAUUUCGACUCAUGGGUUGCGAAUCCAUUCGAAACAUUAAAACAAAGAAGAGAAAAGGAAGUGCGACUUCUUCUCGACAAACUCCCGCCGGAAUCCAUCAUUAUGGACCCCACAAAGAUCGGUACUUUGAGGACUUCAAACAAGAUUCAAAAGGCGACGAAAGAGGAGAAGGAGGCGGAGAAGGCGGCGGCCAUUGCUGCCGCCAAGAGCGGACCUCAAAAGAAGAAGACGAAAGGGAGGAGUAAGCCGAGUAAAGUGGCGAAAAAGAAGCAAGAAGGAGUGGAGAAAGCCAAAAGGCCAUUUGCAGAGGAAAACAAGCAUGCAGAAAUGGUGGUUUCUAAGAAGAAGCAAAAGAGAAUUACAGAAGCAAAUGAACUACCAAAAUCUCUUCAGCCAUUUGUUAGCAGAAAAGCAGGGGUGGACAUAUGAAGGACUAGGAGGCAUAUAGGUCGGCCCUAGCUUAUUUGAUUUGUUGUAGUGUCCACCAACGCUACAUCUCACAUUUCUGUACAUGCUUGUGGGUUAUAGAUUGGACACAUGUUGCAUUUCAUUGAUACGGAAGUAUAUGCGUCUACGAACUCGUUUCGUUCCAUCAAAUGAGAUUCGUUUCAAAUCGGUACUUGGUUCUAUUAGUAAAAUUUUGUUCUCUUAUUUGCUCGAUAGCAUAUGGUUAGUUUUU